AUGUUGGACAAGAACCAGCCCGUGGACCUCAGUGUUCUGGAGGAGGACAAAGGGUUUGAGGAGUUUCCUGAGGAACACUAAAAGGACGAGGACGCUCACGUGUGGGAGAUCAACUGUGACGACGACAACAUGGAGGACGACGUCUCCAACCAACUCAGAGCCGAGCUGGAGAAACACAGAUGA